AUGUCUGCCUCCGUCAAGGACAUGAGCCUCGCGUACGUCAAGUGCAUGCUCGUCGUCACGGCGCGGGUCGGCGUCUACUACUCGACGGACGUGCAGGCCACGGUCGCGAUCCCGAGCCAUCUAGAUGCGACCAAGGUCUGCAACAUCCGAGGGCAACUCGCGCAUAUGUCGGUGGACCGUGAGAUCGUCACGGCCGACGCGGUCAAAACGCUCUACGACGCGAUCCACCUCGAGCACAGCGUAAGCGUGAGCCUCCUCGUGCGCAACUCGUCCAAGCUCUCAAAUUUGCGGUACCGCUUGCACAAGACGCGCACCGCGAUUUGUACUGCGCACGACAUACGAGCGCCAACCGAGCUUUGA